AUGUUGAGGCUGAUCAGCGCAAUCAAGACCGCCUUGCAAUGCUGGAGACUUGGAGAUAAGCAUCAGCGAGGAACAUCCACAGCCUCAUCAGACACCCGCCCUAGCAAUCUCCCAGCCCAGUCAUCAUCCCCCCUUUCCUCUACCCAUGACCAAGCAGCUCUGCCUCAGGUGGAGGCAGCCAUGGUUCUACCUGCACCUGCCUCAGGUGGGGGCUUGUAUGGACAUCCAUUACCCGACCUAGACGACAAUUGGGGGUCAGGCCCUUAUGAUGAUGGCUAUCUGAUGGAUUUGGAUGACAUGUCCAGUGCAGAUGGUGAUGACUGCCCUUUUUUCAGCUUGGACGAUGAAGAUAUAGUACAUAAUCAUGAUGUGCUGUUUCUGCAUGAUCUGGAGGAGGAACUUAUACUAGAUGAUGACAUUGGUGACCACCUUUCAGAUGAGGGUGCUGAUCUUGAUGCAGCAGAUGAUCUUGUCAACAACCCUGCCUUUCAAGCAGCUAAUGCACUUGAUGAUGGUGAAGAUGAUGCACAACAAGGAGAUGCUGAUGAAGACGAAGACUUGUUCGAUGAGCCUCCUGCUUUUGAUGAACAUUCUGCUAUUUGGAAUGCUUAUGUGCGAGCAUAUGUUGCUGCUGCAUUUAAGGGAGCCACUCACAAAGUGUGCCGCAUCAUCUUAGAUGGUGUCACACGUGCACUGACUUCCACUUGA